AUGACCGCAGCCUCGGGUGUCACGGUAAACACCUCCGAUUUCCAUAUACCUUUUCCGCCGAACGCCGCCAAUUCGUCCCAGCACGAACCACAAUCGACGAAGGGCGAUCCCCCCACAAAUCAGAAUGAAAAGGAGACAGAGGGCUCAGCGCCCCAACAAGUCGCAUCUGAACCUGCUGCGGGGUCUGCAAAACAGGAUCACACUGCAUCGGAUGAAGUAGAUGAAUUUGGCCUUCCCAUUCGAGUACGCCGACCCGACCCCAUAUUCAAUGAGUUGCCCGAAGGAGAGAAUGCCAGCCAAAACAUACAGAAUGCGGCGGUGGGCUCGACGGGAUAUAGUGACGCUGUGAAAAUGGAGAAGGAGCCAGAGCUGUCACAGGGCAAGCUGGACUCUGGAGCCCAUGGGCCAACCAAUCCGAAUAAUACAGAAGAGCGAGGCAAGGGCGCAGGGGCUCAGGACACGUCUGCAACCCCGGAGUAUUCACAGGCCUCUUAUGCUAUUGCUCCACCUCGGAACUCAACAUCGAAGCAAAAAAAAGCCCAAGUAUCGGAAUGGUCGCACCAGCGCAUCGCCCAGCCUGAUGCACAUCACUCGGAGAGUGAAGAGUCCGAGGCAGAGCCGGAUGAGUGGCAGGUGAUGCCUGCACUUGGUGAAUUUGACUACUAUGACGACUAUGGGAGACUUAUUGCUCGUGGCGCCAAAGAAGAAGGCGACGAGGCUGUAUACCAAGGAUUAGGAGGAGCAGGGAGGGGUUAUACUCGGGUGCAGCUCGACGAAGAUGUUCAGUCUGCCACCAGUCUAGAUGAUGAUACAAACUACCUGUUCCGGGAGGCAGGCGACAAUUCUGCUGGUCUGGUUGGUGAGGAACUGCGAGACUCCACCAGUCAGCUCCAGGCCACCAAAGACCUUCUCAACGAGACUCAAAGGAUUGCGUAUGUGGGGGUUGUCAGGUUGGUAAUCCAUAAUAUGAAUCAUGAUCUAGCGUCGAUUGCCACAACCAAACUCACGCGCAGAACCGUGCAAAAAGCCUCGGAUGCCAUGCGACAAUGGGGCCAGUCGAUCAUGGGGCGAGUCUAUGCUCAUAUGGAUAUCAAUUCUGCCGAGCAGAUCAUGAUUGAGCAGCUCGCGGAGCAUGGCGUGCAACCAAAAGAUCUGGUGCCUCCACUUAUGCAGAAUGCGCGAGUAAAAAACCCUAUGGCACAGAGUGAACCGAACACCUCUGUAUCAUGUUGGAAACUCGACUCUCCAUCUAGAGUCUCCGCUGAGACGGAUUCUUUUGAACUAGAUCCCCCUCCGCCAUACGAGGCUCACGAGACUGAGGAGCCCCCGGUGGUCAAGAUGCCCUCUGAAAUGCCAAUCUCUGAUCGCAUAGACAUCGAUCUCCGCUGGACUGUCCUCUGUGACCUGUUCCUUGUGCUCAUCGCCAAUUCGGCAUACGACGCUCGGUCGCGAACUCUUCUGGAAAGGGUCGGUGCAGCUUUGGAUGUGACAUGGCUACAGAUUUCACGGUUCGAAAAGCGAGUCACAGACUCCCUCGAAAUGCAGGAACAAGCAGAGAAAGAGAAUUGGGACGAGUCAGAUCACAUGGAAAUGCGCCGCAAGAUGGCGUUGAAGCGGAAAUAUAUGAUUAUGGGCUUAGCGACAGUCGGCGGCGGACUGGUCAUCGGCCUUUCCGCUGGAUUGCUGGCACCCGUCAUUGGAGCUGGUCUUGCGGCUGGUUUUACUACAGUGGGUAUUUCUGGAACCAGUGCAUUCCUGGGAGGAGCUGGCGGCACAGCUUUGAUCGCUUCUGGCGCUACUCUAGGUGGAAGUACUAUUGGCAUGAGAGCUUCACAGCGACGCAUGGGUGCAGUUCAAACGUUCGAAUAUCGACCUCUUCAUAAUAACAAGAAGGUCAACUUGAUUGUAACAGUUUCUGGCUGGAUGACUGGCAAGGUUGAUGAUGUCCGUCUACCUUUCAGUACUGUCGAUCCGAUUAUGGGCGAUAUCUAUUCGGUGCUAUGGGAGCCUGAGAUGCUUCGAAGCAUGGGUGACACCAUCAAUAUUCUGGCAACGGAGGCACUAACACAAGGUCUGCAACAAGUAUUAGGUAGCACCGUCCUGAUGGCGCUGAUGGCAUCCUUGCAACUACCACUUGUCCUCACUAAACUCGCAUAUUUGAUCGAUAAUCCGUGGAUCGUUUCGUUGGCACGCGCCAAUUCAGCCGGCCUUGUUAUGGCCGAUUCCUUGCGAGAGCGGAAUCUUGGCAACCGGCCUAUCACAUUGCUUGGUUUCUCCCUUGGCGCGCGUGUGAUCUUCUCCUGUUUGAAGGAGCUGGCCGAAAAGGGCGCCCACGGUCUGAUUCAGAAUGUAUAUUUAUUUGGCUCACCCAUUGUGGCGGACAAAGACGAAUACCUCAAGGCUCGUAGUGUGGUAUCUGGACGAUUUGUGAACGGUUACGCCACGAAUGAUUGGAUCCUGGGCUAUCUCUUCCGCGCAACAAGUGGUGGCAUCAUGAAGGUCGCCGGCCUCGCAGCUGUCGAAGGCAUACCGGGCAUUGAGAAUUUCGAUAUUACCCAGCUUGUGAAUGGCCACAUGGACUACCGUAGGGCUAUGCCUCGAAUUCUUCGGGAAGUCGGUUGGGAGGUUCUUGAGGUUGAGUUUGCAGAAAUUGAAGAUCCAGACCCAGAUAAUCACGCUGAACGACAGCGUGAGUUGAUCCGCGAGAUAGAUGAAGCUCGCCGAGAAGCAGAGGCGAAGCCAGAGAAGAAGCGCUUCAGUCUGUUCAAACGAGGCAAGAUAGCCGAAAAGAAGAGAUGGGAAACAUAUGAUGUUGAUAAAAACACUGCCCCUCGCGAUUCAAACGAGCCCGAAAGCACCACUAGCUCUAUUCUCUUCGACAUCGAGGCCAUUCGAGCCGAGUUGCACUCCGAGGCUAUCGAAGUCAAAGAAUUGGAGUCGACUAUGCCUUUGAUGAAGCUAGAGCUCAACGCUCCGUCAGAGCCACCGCCCACCCAGCCCUCUCCCCUUAUUGCCAAGAGGCCCGAGACACCCGAAUUUCCAGCUGCUUCUCGGACUAUUUCGAAACCCUCACAAGCAUCGGGGCAGUAUUCUCCUCACGGACCCAACGAAUUCUCUCCCGUGCCGCAGCAUGAAUAUAUGGAAUUGACGUUUGACACAUCUUUCCAUGAUUCCCCACGAUCCAGAAACGAAGACCUUUACUCUCGUCCGGAGUUGAGAUCUGCCUCUACAAUGCCGACGGUUGGGUUCAGCGCCCUUGGAGCCAUGGCCAUGGAGCCCAAUGCCUGGGCGGACUAUGAUCUGGGACAUCAGGAUGGUGAGAUAUCAAUGACGUUCGAAUAG